UCACAUAAGGAAAGCGGAAAAAGAAAAAAAAUAAAUUCAGUGGGCAGCUAAAUCUCUGUAUUCACUGUAUAUUCCUGUCUCCUGAACCAAUAAUUACCAAAUCCACCAACGUCUAAAUUCCCGCCCGACUCCUCCAUUGGAUUCGCUCUCACUCAUAUCUCCACCGCCACUGUCUUCUUCCGACCAUCGCCGAUCAUCUAUGAAACCUAAAUCCACUAAGCAAAAAUGGAAUUUCAAUCCGAAGCUACGCUUCACUUAUGUCUUUCUUUCUUGCUGCUUCUUCUUCCUCGCUGGUCAUUUUGCCUCCACUCUCAUUUCUCAGGAUUUCUCUGGAGCUAAGCAGAAAGCAAGGCAGCUCCAAUCUCUGAAAGAGGAGAUUAUCGAUUUGUUGCCUCCUGGAAAGACUGGAGAUGAUUCUAUUACUGUGAUCCCCUUUCAGGUUUUGAGCUGGAAACCGCGUGCUCUAUAUUUUCCUAAUUUUGCAACUGGAGAGCAAUGUCAAAGCAUAAUUAAUAUGGCAAAGCCAAGCCUUAAGCCCUCUACUUUGGCUUUACGGAAGGGAGAAACAGAGGAGAACACACAAGGAAUCAGAACCAGCUCUGGUAUGUUUAUUAGUGCUUCUGAAGACGAAACUGGAGUUUUGGAUGCUAUUGAGGAAAAAAUUGCCAGAGCCACUAUGCUUCCCAGGGCCCAUGGAGAGGCAUUCAAUGUCUUGCGCUAUGAGAUUGGGCAAAAGUAUAAUUCUCAUUAUGAUGCAUUCAAUCCUGCAGAGUAUGGGCCACAAAAGAGCCAAAGGGUUGCUUCUUUCUUGUUAUAUUUAUCUGAUGUAGAAGAAGGUGGGGAGACCAUGUUUCCAUUUGAGAAUGGCAUGGAAAUCGAUGAAAAUUACGACUUCGAAAAGUGUAUUGGUUUGCAAGUAAAACCACGCCAAGGGGAUGCACUUCUAUUCUAUUCACUUUUCCCAAAUAAUACAAUCGAUCCAACAUCAUUGCAUGGGAGCUGUCCAGUAAUCAAAGGGGAGAAAUGGGUGGCUACAAAGUGGAUUAGAGAUCAAGAACUAGACGAAUAGAACAGUUCUGCAUGCCUUCAGGGUACUGUAAUGUUCAAGUGUUGCUUUUGGACUUCGACAAAAAGAAUAAGAAAAUUUCGAGCCUCUAUUCAUUUA